CUCACCACUUUCUUUUUUCUCGCUCACUUCCUCUCCGUUUUCUUCCCCUUUUCUCACGUUCCAAACGCCACAUCGCCAUGGCGCCGACACUAUAGCCCACCCAAACCCCCACAAACAUUCACCCAGAAACAAUUCCCCAACCAAAGAACCAUGAACAACACUCUGUUUCUAUCCACACUCCUCGUCCUGUUAUCCUCCGCCAUUGUUUCCGGCGGCGAUCUAGCCUCCGACAGAGCAACCCUCCUAACCCUACGGGCCACUGUUGGUGGUCGCUCCCUCCUCUGGAACCUGACGGAACAGAAUCCAUGCUCAUGGACGGGUGUGUUCUGCGAAAACGAAAAGAGAAACAGAGUAACAACGUUGAGGCUCCCAGGCAUGGGUCUCUCAGGGAACCUUCCAUUGGGUUUGGGAAACCUCACUGAGCUUCAGACCCUCUCUCUCCGAUUCAAUGCACUCACCGGUCCCAUUCCCUCCGAUUUCGCUAAACUCACCUCUCUCAGAAACCUCUACCUUCAGGGGAACUUCUUCAAUGGCCAAAUCCCUGAUUUCUUGUUCUCUAUGGAGAAUUUGGUUAGGUUGAAUUUGGGGAAGAACAAUUUCAGCGGCGAGAUCUCUCCCAAGUUCAAUUCUCUUACUCGUUUGGAUACUCUCUAUUUAGAGAAUAAUCACUUCACUGGGAGCAUCCCUGACCUUAGUGUUCCGCCUCUGCAUCAGUUCAACGUGUCGAAUAAUCGGUUGAACGGUUCGGUUCCGGAGCGGUUUUCGGGGUUGAAUGAAAGCGCUUUUUCCGGGAAUGAGCUCUGUGGGAAGCCCCUUGAAGCUUGCCCUGGUAGUAACAAUGGUGGAGGAGGGAGCCAUAAGAAGAAGAAUAAGCUCUCUGGCGGUGCAAUUGCGGGUAUUGUUAUUGGGUCUGUAAUUGGAGCGAUUUUGAUUCUGCUGCUUUUGUUCUUGUUAUGCAGAAAAUCCAGAAAAACUGAUUCCAGGGAUGUUUCUGCGGCUGCACCUCCAAAAAGUGUGGAGGUUGCUGACGUGGCACGAGAUGGUGGUGGUGGUGGUGGUGCUAGUGGUUCUUCGGCCGUUGCGGGUUCAAAGGUUGAAAGCAAGAGCAAUGGUGGUGGUGCAAAAAGUUUAGUAUUCUUUGGUGAUGUGAAUAGGCCGUUUGAUCUUGAAGAGUUGCUGAGGGCUUCUGCUGAGGUUCUUGGAAAAGGGACAUUCGGAACCACCUAUAAGGCCACGAUGGAUUUGGGGAUCAGUGUCGCCGUGAAGCGCCUGAAGGAUGUUACCCUGCCAGAGAGGGAGUUCAGGGAGAAGAUAGAGCAAGUUGGGAAGAUGGUUCAUGAGAAUUUGGUUCCACUCAGGGGUUACUACUUCAGCAAAGAUGAGAAGCUUGUUGUGUAUGAUUACAUGCCAAUGGGAAGCUUGUCUGCAUUAUUACAUGCGAAUAAUGGCGCCGGCAGGACUCCCCUGAAUUGGGAAACAAGGUCUGCCAUUGCGCUUGGCGCUGCUCGUGGGGUCGCAUACCUACAUUCACACGGACCAACAUCCUCACAUGGAAACAUCAAAUCCUCAAAUAUCCUUCUCACCAAGUCAUUUGAAGCUCGUGUCUCCGACUUUGGUCUUGCUCAUCUUGCUCUCCCGACCGCCACACCCAACCGUAUUUCCGGUUAUCGCGCCCCAGAGGUCACUGACUCUCGCAAAGUAUCACAAAAGGCAGACGUCUACAGCUUUGGUAUAAUGCUCUUGGAACUCCUAACGGGGAAGGCUCCCACUCAUUCCUCACUGAAUGAAGAUGGUGUAGACCUCCCACGAUGGGUCCAGUCGGUGGUUCAAGACGAGUGGAACACUGAAGUUUUCGACGUGGAGCUCCUUAGGUACCAGAACAUUGAGGAUGAAAUGGUGAAGCUCUUGCAGCUCGCGCUCGAAUGCACAGCUCAAUACCCCGACAAGAGACCUUCAAUGGAGGUGGUUGAAAGCAGGAUUCAGGAAAUUUCACGUUCUAGUUUAGAGAAAGAGGAAGAAGAAGAAAAAAAUGAAUUUUCACAACAGUACUACUCUGUUGAUUCUGGUCCCCCACAAGCUUGAACAUAGAAUUGAAGAGAGAAACCCUUCAUUAUUUCAUCAUUGGCCUAUUUUUGGCAUAGCAUAUUAUUGUAGUUUGUUUGUUUGUUUAUUCAUUGAACUUUCAUAGAACCAGUUGUUCAUGAUCCCUUUUGUCUUAACCCCUCAAUUCCCUUUUGUCAUUUGCCUUGAGUCUUGUUUUGGGGUUUCAAUGUUACUAUAGCCCCAAAUUCAUUUACAUUACAUUCACAAAAAGACAUCUAUUUAUUUUUAUUUUUAUUUUCACA